CCUCCUCCCCUUCCAUGAACAAAUUAAACCACUACAGAUCCAUCGAACUCGAUCAUUGCCUAAGUAGCUGAAAGCUAGUAUAGCGAGCGAUGACCGUCGUCGCCGUCGUCGAUGACGACGGUGCCGGCGCGGCGGCGGCGCAGCAGCAGGAGGAGGUGCCGCCGGGGCGCGGGCAGACGGUGUGCGUCACCGGCGCCGCCGGGUACAUCGCGUCGUGGCUCGUCAAGCUGCUGCUGGAGAGGGGCUACACCGUGAAGGGCACAGUGAGAAACCCAGAUGACCCGAAGAACGCUCAUCUGAAGGCGCUGGACGGCGCCGCCGAGAGGCUGGUCCUGUGCAAGGCCGACCUCCUCGACUACGACGCCAUCCGCGCCGCCGUCGACGGCUGCCACGGCGUGUUCCACACAGCCUCCCCCGUCACCGACGACCCUGAGCAGAUGGUGGAGCCGGCGGUGCGGGGCACGGAGCACGUGAUAAAGGCGGCGGCGGAGGCCGGCGCGGUGCGGCGGGUGGUGUUCACGUCGUCCAUCGGCGCCGUGACCAUGGACCCCAACCGCGGCCCCGACGUGGUCGUCGACGAGUCCUGCUGGAGCGACCUCGAAUUCUGCAAGAAAACUAAGAACUGGUACUGCUACGGGAAGGCGGUGGCGGAGCAGGCGGCGCGCAGGGCGGCGGAGGAGCGCGGCGUCGACCUCGUCGUGGUGAACCCGGUGCUGGUGGUGGGGCCGCUGCUGCAGCCGACGGUGAACGCCAGCGCCGUGCACAUCCUCAAGUACCUCGACGGCUCGGCCAGGAAGUACGCCAACGCCGUGCAGGCGUACGUCGACGUGCGCGACGUCGCCGCCGCGCACGUCCGCGUCUUCGAGGAGCCGGCCGCCUCCGGCCGGUACCUCUGCGCCGAGCGCGUCCUGCACCGCGAGGACGUCGUCCACAUCCUCGCCAAGCUCUUCCCCGAGUAUCCUGUGCCCACAAGGUGCUCUGACGAGGUGAACCCACGGAAGCAGCCCUACAAGAUGUCCAACAAGAAGCUGCAGGAUCUUGGCCUCCAGUUCAUACCCGUGAGCGACUCGCUGCAUGAGACGGUGAAGAGCCUCCAGUUGAAGGGACACCUCCCAGUGCUGGGCAAGGAGAUCCCAGCAGCUGGACUGAAUGGUGUGACAGCAUGAUCACACUGUUUAAAGAGCAUUUUUCCCAUCCUUAAACAGUCAUCACUGUUUUCUACGUAAAAUUUGAUACCUUCUAAUAUCUAAGUCUAAGGUAUAAAAAGAUAUAAAAUUUUACAUAAAAAACAGUGGUACCUUAUCAAAGAUGGUAAAAUUACUCGUUCAAGAAAUAACACAUUUAACGUAUGUCCUCCUGCGACAGCGUUUAAUUAGGCAUCUCUUGUUACGUAUGUAAACUAAGUGGAACAAAGAAGACACAGGGUAGGUAUACUCUCUGAUCUGAAGAUCAGCAGAUCUACGUGAAGUCUGCCCUUCUAGUUCUAAAAUUGUAUACCCAUAUGAUUUCACGAGUAAUUUCUUCUUGGCACCAGUUUAUCACAAUUGAUUUCCUUAACCAUAUGUACCAAAUUAUCAACAGCUCACUUAUGAAGAGAUAUAUGAUUACAGAUGAAAAAAUGCAUCCUAAAGCGAUGUCAGAUGUCA